AUUUGAUUGUCUAUCUUUUGUUCUUUUAGCCUCAGUAGCCAAAAAUCUGAUGAUGACUAUGAAGAUUAUGCUUCAAACAAAACAUGGGUUUUAACUCCAAAAGUCCCAGAAGGAGAUGUCACUUUCAUCUUAAAUGGCUUACUGGAAGGAUAUGAUAACAAGUUGAGACCUGAUAUAGGAGUAAAACCAACAUUAAUUCACACUGACAUGUAUGUGAAUAGCAUUGGACCAGUGAAUGCUAUUAACAUGGAGUAUACAAUUGACAUCUUUUUUGCACAAACCUGGUAUGACAGACGACUGAAAUUUAACAGUACCAUAAAGGUCCUCAGGCUCAAUAGCAACAUGGUUGGGAAGAUUUGGAUUCCAGACACCUUUUUCCGGAAUUCCAAAAAAGCUGAUGCCCACUGGAUCACGACACCCAAUCGCAUGCUCCGAAUCUGGAAUGAUGGCCGGGUACUAUACACUCUCAGACUGACAAUAGAUGCUGAAUGCCAGUUACAGUUGCAUAACUUCCCAAUGGAUGAACAUUCAUGUCCCCUGGAAUUUUCCAGCUAUGGCUACCCACAGGAAGAAAUUGUUUAUCAAUGGAAACGCAGCUCUGUUGAAGUAGGUGACACAAGGUCUUGGAGGCUUUAUCAGUUUUCAUUCGUUGGACUGAGAAAUACUACUGAGGUGGUCAAGACAACUUCAGGAGAUUAUGUUGUAAUGUCUGUGUACUUUGACCUGAGUAGAAGAAUGGGGUAUUUCACCAUUCAGACUUACAUUCCCUGCACACUCAUUGUUGUCUUAUCUUGGGUGUCCUUCUGGAUCAAUAAGGAUGCUGUUCCAGCCAGAACCUCUUUAGGUAUUACCACUGUCCUGACGAUGACUACUCUUAGCACGAUUGCCCGUAAAUCUCUCCCCAAGGUCUCCUAUGUGACAGCCAUGGAUCUCUUUGUGUCUGUCUGCUUUAUUUUUGUCUUUUCUGCCUUGGUGGAGUAUGGAACCCUGCAUUACUUUGUCAGCAAUCGGAAGCCAAGCAAGGAUAAAGACAAAAAGAAGAAAAACCCACUUCUUCGGAUGUUUUCCUUCAAGGCACCAACCAUUGAUAUUCGACCAAGAUCAGCCACUAUUCAAAUGAACAAUGCCACACACCUUCAGGAGCGAGAUGAAGAGUAUGGUUAUGAGUGUCUUGAUGGUAAGGAUUGUGCCAGUUUUUUCUGCUGCUUUGAAGACUGCCGAACGGGGGCAUGGCGUCAUGGAAGAAUACACAUCCGCAUUGCGAAAAUGGACUCCUAUGCUCGGAUCUUCUUUCCCACUGCCUUCUGCUUAUUCAACCUGGUCUACUGGGUUUCCUAUCUUUACCUUUAA